AUGGAUCCGCCCGCCGCUUUCUCGGGCUUCCCAGCCCUGCCCUCGGUCGCGCCGUCGGGGCCGCCGCCGUCGCCGCUCGCCGGAGCCGAGCCGGGGCCGGAACCCGAGGAGGCAGCGGCGGGCCGCGGGGAGACGGAGUCGGCGCCGGGCCCGGGGCGGCGGCGGCGGCGGCCCCUGCAGCGCGGGAAGCCGCCCUACUCGUACAUCGCGCUCAUCGCCAUGGCGCUGGCGCACGCCCCGGGCCGCCGCCUCACGCUGGCCGCCAUCUACCGCUUCAUCACCGAGCGCUUUGCCUUCUACCGCGACAGCUCGCGCAAAUGGCAGAACAGCAUCCGCCACAACCUCACGCUCAACGACUGCUUCGUCAAGGUGCCCCGCGAGCCGGGCAACCCGGGCAAGGGCAACUACUGGACGCUCGACCCGGCGGCCGCCGACAUGUUCGACAACGGCAGCUUCCUGCGGCGCCGCAAGCGCUUCAAGCGCGCCGAGCUGCCCGCCCUGCCGGCCGCGCCGCCGGGGCCCAGCCCGCUGCCCUUCCCCUACGCGCCCUACGGGCCCGCGCCGCCCGCCCCCGCGCCCCCCGGCCCCGGGCUGCUGGCGCCGCCGUCCCCCGCCGCCCCGGGCCCCGCGCCGCCCGCGCGCCUCUUCAGCGUCGACAGCCUGGUGAGCCUGCCGCCCGAGCUGGCGGCGCUGGGCACCCCCGAGCUCGACGCCGGCGCCGCCUUCCCGCCCUGCUCGGCCGCCGCCUCCCCGCCGCCAGCCGCCGUCUACUCGGCCGCCAGCCCGCCGCUCUACACGCAGGCCCCGGGCCGCCUAGGGCUGCCGCCGACGCGGCCUGGCCCCGGUCCGCUUCCCGCAGAGCCGCUGUUGGCCUUGGCCGGGCCGGCGGCCGCGCUCGGCCCGCUCAGCCCGGGAGGGGCUUACCUGAGGCAGCCGGGCUUCGCGCCGGGGCUGGAGCGCUACCUGUGAGCCUCUUUCCCGAGGGCUGGUGCGCGCCUGUGGGUUCUCCCCCGCCCCCGUCCCAGGACUGGAGCGCUGCCU